CAAGAGCCGAGCUGGCUGCUGGCAACGCCUCCCAGGUCCCGAUGGAGUUGACCCCCCAGCUGCUCGCUUUCCUCCUCCUCGUCCUCCUUGCCGCCGCUGCCGUGCGCUCUUCGCCGACACCGGAGGCCACGGCGGGGCACGCCCAGCAGGCCUGCGCCGCUGCUGCCGUGCGCUCUUCGCCGACGCCGGAGGCCAUCCAGCUGCCGAGCACGGCGGGGCACGCCCAGGCCUGCGCCGCCGCUGCCGCGCGCUCUUCGCCGACGCCGGAGGCCAUCCAGCUGCCGAGAGCGGCAUCAGGGCACGCACAGGCCUGCGCCGUGGCGCCGGCGGACCCCGCCGUGAACGACCGGCCGGUCAUUGGCAUCGUGACGCACCCGGGCGACGGCACUUACGAGAGGCGCACCCACGGCCCCGGCUCCUACAUCGCCGCCUCCUAUGUCAGGUUCGUCCAGUCCGCCGGCGCCCGCGUCAUCCCGCUCCUCUACGACGAGCCCGAGGAGCGCCUCCUCGAGAAACUGGGUUUGGUGAACGGUGUGCUGUUUACUGGUGGAUCACAGAAGAAUGGUUCGUAUUUUGAGACUAUAAAAAGAGUUUUCCAGUAUGUUUUGGACAGGAAUGAUGCAGGAGAUCCAUUUCCUUUGCAUGCCGAAUGUCUAGGCUUUGAGCUUAUAAGCAUGAUUGUCAGCAAGGACAACAACAUUUUGGAGUCUUUCCACGCCUUGAAUCAGACAUCUACUCUGCAGUUCCCCAAUUAUUCCUUUCUCAAAGGGUCGGUGUUUCAAAGGUUCAACCCUGAACUCAUCAAGAAACUGAGCACCGACUGCCUUGUCAUGCAAAAUCAUGGAUAUGGUAUAUCACCAAAGAGAUUGCAAGAAAAUGUUGCAUUAUCAAGUUUCUUCAAGAUUCUUACCACGUCACCUGAUGAAAAUGGCAAGGUCUAUGUCUCAACUGUACAAGCACAGAAUUAUCCAAUCAUCUGCACGCAGUGGCAUCCUGAGAAAGCCAUUUUUGAGUGGGGGGAGCCAAUGAAUCCACACAGUGAAGAUGCAGUACAAGUGACUCAACAUUUUGCCAAUUAUUUUGUCAGCCAAGCUCGCAAGUCCCUGAACAGGGCUCCCGCGGACAAGGUGCUGAACAACCUAAUUGACAACUACAGCCCCAGAUUUGGAACCUCGAAAUCUUUUGACGAGGUGUAUAACUUCUCUUGAGAUGGUAUCAGAUUCCUCAGCAUCGCAUUGCUAUUGUUGUUGUAUUGUUAGUGUAUUGAUCCUACAUGGAACUGUGAAGAUUUUCCUUUCUGUUAUUUGUACAUUUGGCUCUGCAGAGGCCUCUCUAAUUAUUACUAAUAAUUGGUACAAACUUGAAUAAGUGUCGCCUUCAAUUUCGAA